AACGGAUUCGGGCAGGCUGGUCGUCACAUUAUUAGUGCGUUUUGCGCUCCAAAGGCAUAUGCAGUUUCGCCGCGUGUGUAAAUCCUUGUUUGAGUGUAAAUCUAUAUCGUAAAACCACCUCUACAGAAGAGUCCAUAUAUCGGCACAUAUUUUUAUAUUUCGUGAAUAAAAUAUAGUUGAUAUCAUAAUACAAAUAUGUGCAAUCAAAAGUGCUUACCGAAAAUGAGCAAGUGAACUGAAACAAAGGCGGCUGCUCAGAUUAGUUGUGUACUCUGUGAAUUCGUGACUCUGUUGUCCCCCUGAAUCAAUAGAUCCCGCUGAAAACAAUAGAUUUCUGAUCGCCACAGGACGCGGCUUGCACCGUCGACAUCUGCACAUUUUCGCUCUGAGCUUGCUUCGACCUGCAAGAGUUCGCGCAGCGUGUAUUCGCCGGAGAACGGAGAGUCUUUUGGAUAAAACUUGUAUAAAUAAAGAAAAAUCGGUCGUGAUAAGCAGAUCUGGUUAUCGGAACUCCGCCAAAACGCACAGACCAAGUAAUGUUUACUCUACAACCAAACCCAACGGCAAUAGGCACCGUAGUGCCGCCCUGGACGGCGGGCACAUUGAUAGAGCGUCUCCCUUCCUUGGAGGACAUGGGCCACAAGGACAAUGUGAUUGCAAUGAGAAAUUUGCCCUGUUUGGGUGCGGCUGGUGCUAACGGACUGGGCAGUAUAGCCGGAAAGCCUUCCCCCACAAUGGAGGUCGUGGAGGCCAGCACAGCAUCCCAGCCCCAUUCGACAUCGUCGUACUUCGCCACAACUUACUACCAUUUAACCGAUGACGAAUGUCACAGUGGAGUAAAUCAGCUGGGCGGCGUUUUCGUGGGCGGAAGACCAUUGCCAGACUCAACAAGACAAAAAAUAGUAGAACUAGCCCAUUCUGGAGCACGGCCAUGUGAUAUUUCCCGUAUACUGCAAGUCUCCAAUGGAUGUGUGAGCAAAAUUCUCGGCAGGUACUAUGAAACUGGAAGCAUCAGACCACGUGCUAUCGGUGGAUCCAAGCCGCGUGUGGCUACGGCCGAGGUUGUAAGCAAAAUUUCGCAAUAUAAACGAGAGUGUCCCAGCAUAUUUGCUUGGGAAAUCCGGGAUAGACUUCUUCAGGAGAACGUUUGCACCAAUGACAACAUUCCAAGUGUAUCAUCAAUAAACCGCGUGCUGAGGAACUUGGCGGCCCAAAAGGAGCAGCAGAGCACGGGAACCAAUGGCGCCAACACCUCUUCCGGCAACUUGAACAGCGCCAAAGCGGGGACCACCAAUGGAUGCGGCAACAUCAGCAACGGAUCCAACGGCUCCGGCGGAUUGAGAACCUCCCUGACCACCUCCGGCGAUCUGAUGCAAACGGCCACGCCACUGAACUCCUCGGAGAGCGGUGGAGCCAGCAACUCCGGCGAGGGAAGCGAACAGGAGUCCAUCUACGAGAAGCUCCGCCUCCUGAACACCCAGCACGCAGCAGGAGCCCUGGACACGGGCAUAGCCUCCCCACUUGUGGGUCAAUCCCACCCAAACAGUCCGUUUGGGGCCAACUCCAGCAGCUCACUCAACCAGUUGGUGCACGGCAGCCAGCAGGUCCUUCAGCAGCAGCAACCGAGCUGGCCACCGCGUCACUACUCACCCGGCUCCUGGUACCCUCCCUCGCUGGGGGCCAGUGAAGUCCCCCUUUCGUCGGCGGCAACCUAUGCCGGGCCUCCUCCACUCAGCCAGCCCUUGAGUCCGCCCAAUGACGCCGCCAGCCUGGGCAGCGGCAACCACCUGGGCAGCUGUCCGCCGGAGGACAUACACUUGAAAAAGGAAAUCGAUGGGCAUCAGUCCGAUGAAACGGGCUCAGCCGAGGGUGAAAACUCCAACGGUGGCGCCUCGAAUUUGGGAAACAAUGAGGAUGACCAGGCUCGUCUUAUACUCAAAAGAAAGCUGCAGCGCAAUCGGACAUCAUUCACAAACGACCAAAUAGAUAGCCUAGAAAAAGAGUUUGAACGAACACAUUACCCAGAUGUUUUUGCCCGCGAACGAUUGGCUGGAAAGAUUGGUUUACCGGAGGCAAGAAUUCAAGUUUGGUUUUCAAAUCGCCGUGCGAAAUGGCGCCGGGAGGAAAAACUUCGAAACCAGCGAAGAACACCUAAUUCUGCGGCAGCUAAUGGAGCCUCGUCAUCAGCUUCAGUAACUGCUUCCCUAACAGAUAGUCCCAACAGCCUGAAUGUUUGUUCCUCUCUGCUGCCCGGAUCGACGGCUGGUCCUUCAGUCAAUACUGUCAAUGGUUUAUCAUCGCCAAAUACAUUGUCCGCCAGAAUAAGUACCCCGGCAAUUGAGAACACUGGCAGCUCAACACCAACUCUCCCCAUUCGAUCCGGCUGCACUUCUGAUGCGAUUGCUGGACGUCACAGUGAAGAAAGCAGAAAUUCCUGCUCCCCAUGCCCGCUCGGCAUUGCUGGCCAGCAGAAUACACUUCAGAGCAAUGGUCAUAACCAUGUCCACGCACAUGCGCUUGUUCCUGCCAUUUCUCCGCGAGUCAACUUCAACAGCAGUGGCUUCGGCGCGAUGUACUCCAACAUGCACCACACGGCUUUAUCGAUGAGCGACACGUAUGGAACUGUUUCGUCGAUUCCAAACUUCAACCACUCAUCUGUCGGUUCGUUGGCCCCACCAUCGCCGAUAUCGCAGCAGGGCGACCUUACUCCGCCCUCCCUGUACCCGUGUCACAUGACGUUGAGACCACCGCCUAUCCCACCGCCACACCAUCACAUCGUGCCUGGCGAUGGGGCCGGUCCUGCCGGAAGUGGCAACGUGCAGCCGGCCAGUCUGGGAACAAACUGCAGUGGAUCGGGAUACGAGGUGCUCUCCGCCUACGGGUUGCCGGCGCCCCCCGUUGCCUCGGGCAGUACACCGGCCUCCAGCUUCUCAACUCCCUCCAGCUCCAUCGGUGCAAGCUCUCACCACCCCAUUCCGCAGGAACAAUGUCCCUCGCCGUGCAGCUCCAGCUCGAAUCACAUGGGAGUAGGUCACAGUCACAGUUCAGUGUUUGCGACCGAACCCAUUUCAUCGUCGGUGAAUUCGUACGCACAUAUGAGCUACAAUUAUGCGACAGCUGCCAACAAUGUAACACAGUCCUCCAUCAGCGGAACCACUGCGCACGUGGCUCCGGGAAAGCAACAGUUCUUCGCAUCGUGUUUCUAUUCUCCUUGGGUGUAGGAAGAUCACAACAAUCCAGGGUCACUUCAUAACGAUAACGGACUAUUUACGUAUUUGUAAGAAGCCCUCUAUCUAUAAGGAGGACACAAUAAAUCGAAUUUACAUAUCUCUUUACAAACAAUAGAGGUUGUAGAAAAUGCAUAUGUAUGUAUAAAUUUUAUAUUUCCGCCCAUUAAAACCAAUCUAUAGUUUAGAAUAAUUGGUGUAAAUUAAAUGAUUUAAAUUUAAAAUUGUACCACGUUUUAUUAUUGUUCCCACCCUUAUAAUAAAAUGAACACCAAAAACAAGGUAUUAAGAAAUUAUUGUCUUCAAGACAAGCUCACCAAUAAAAUUUGAGGUACAAUUUUCAUACAAAUUAUUAGGUAUUAUUAUAUUUUUAUGUUUAUUUUUCGCUUUUUAAACGUUUUCGUGAUCUUAAAUGUAGAGGAUAAUAAAGAAAAUCAUCAUUCUUA